UAAAUAUUUUAAAAUUACUUUUUAAAAUUCUUUAGAAAGCGUAAAGGUAUACAGCAAGGAGAGGGUCCUUUUACUUGUGACUUUUGUAAGAAGAAAUUUCCGGUGUUGAGUGUAUUGGAAAACCACCGUCGUUCUCACACUGGUGAAAAACCAUAUAUCUGCACUGAAUGUAAACAAUGUUUUGCUCAUAAGCAAGCACUCAAUCAUCACAUGACUCGACAUACUGGUGAAAAACCCUAUUCAUGCACAACUUGCAAUAAAAGUUUUGCUGUUAAGGAGUCACUCAAGCGUCAUUUGAAGAUACAUACUGGCGAAAAACCCUUUGCAUGCAGUGAAUGCAAUCAAUGUUUCGCUAUCAAAGAGGCACUAAAUCUUCAUAUGAGGCGACAUACAGGCGAAAAACCCUUCACAUGCACAGAAUGUAAUCAAUGCUUUUCUCGUAAGCAAGCACUCAGUGCUCAUAUGAUGCGACAUACUGGUGAAAGGCCAUACAUGUGUACUGAGUGUAAACAUUGUUUUGCUCGUAAACAAGGACUCGAACUUCAUAUGAAACGACAUUCUGGUGAAAAACCCUUUAUAUGCACUGAAUGUAGUCAAUGUUUUGCUACUAAGGAAUCACUAAAUCGUCAUAUGAAGCUGCAUACUGGUGAAAAACCCUUUACGUGUCCUGAAUGUAAUCGAAGGUUUGCGUUCAAGCUUGCCCUCAAACGUCACAUGAGGCGGCAUACGGGUGAAAAACCGCACACAUGUACUGAAUGUAAUAAAAGCUUUGGUGUUAAACAAGAACUCAAACGUCAUAUUAGGCAGCAUACUGGCGAAAAACCUUAUAAAUGCACUAUGUGUGAUCAAAGUUUUAAUAUUAAGGACUCUCUGAAUCGUCAUAUGAAUCGUCAUACUGGAGUUAAACCCCACACAUGUUCUGAAUGUAAUAAAAGUUUUGCAGUUAAGGAAUCACUAAAUCGUCAUAUGAAAUUGCAUUCUGGUGAAAAGCCUUACUCUUGCACUGAAUGUAAUAAUUGUUUUGCUGUUAAGCAGGCGCUUAAACGUCAUAUGAGACAACAUACUGGUGAAAAGCCCUAUAAAUGUACUGAAUGCAAUGAAAGUUUUAAUGUUAAUGACUCUCUUAAGCGUCAUAUGAGGCGUCAUGCUAAAGAAAUUCUACGAAUACAACAAAUGCAAUCAAAACUUUUUUCUUAAGAGUUAAAUCAGUUGUCGUACAAUACAACACAUUGGCAAAACAAAACUCAUCUACGUUCAAUUUUCUGUGGACCAUAUAAAGAAAUAUUCAAAACAUUCAAAUGUGAAGUACACGUUGCUAUUAUCAUUUUACACCAGUUUGGUUUUACAAACUAAAGCAGCAGAAAUCUGGUAUAGAUUUCAUUUUAUUGGAAGCGUAAAAACGAAGCCCAGUAUGAAUCACAGAUUUAAGUGCAACAGCGGAGGAACUGAACAUUUAUAGAAGUUCUUAUUAACGAAUUAUUCUAAAAGAAUAUAAAGUUUUAGAAUUUCAAAGAGUAAAUCCAAAACAUUGGUAGUAUAAUGGUUUAUUGACAUGGCAUGGUUGUUUUCUAUAGAAAAAUUGUUUUACUUAUGUAUGGAUAAAACGUAGCCAACGCUUCGGGAAUUUUAAUUUUAAAAUUCAUCUUCAUCUUAAGCUUUAAAUAACUGAUCAGUUUUUUUGUCAGAUUCCGACGACGUUAAGCAUUUUAUCCAUACUACGUUGUUAAUGUAGUUAAGAAUCAAGAAAAAGUUUACGGAAGUUAUUUAGAAAAUUAAGUUAAAUAUAAGUUUAAUUUAAAUUAUUUUUAAGCUAAUGUUGUCAUAAACAUAAAAUAUGAAGUAAAACAAGAUA